AUGUACAUUAAUCAAUACUUAAAUAUAGAUAAAUUAAUAUUUUAUCUAUCGUGUACAAUUAUUGGAUGGUUACUGUUUUGGUAUAUCAUUUUCAAACUAACUGGAUUCCAUCUUCUGACCAUCACUAUAAACAAUGGGAUACUGUUCAAUGGAAUAUCAUUUCACACAAAACGAUAUCUAAUAUCGGUAGGGUCAUUGAGAUUUAGACUAUGGGGUAAUAGUAAAAUGACCAUCAUUGAUGACUUAACUAUCAAGUUAUUGCCAAAUGUGAAAAAUAACCAAAAACAAAAUACUCAAGAAAAGCGCAAUGACUAUAGUUUCAAAGAUCCUACUGCUCCAGUGGUCAAUAUAUUCCCUCAAAAUAGAAUUGGCAAAUCUGUGGUCUCUAGACUUAUUCGACACCUCCCGAAAAUGAAUUUGGAACUAAGACAAACCGCUAUUAUCACUCCGUCUGAGAACAAGACUAUAAUAGAGUAUUUAAAAUUCACAACAAGCUCAAAAUACAGUAAACGUUCUAAUGAAAAAAUUACAUUUAAAGCUGGUCUUUAUAUUAACAACGUACUUCAUCAUUUGAAGACAAAAGGGGAUGUCAUCAAGCCAUUUCAAAUUGGGGGUGCUAGUUUUGAGGCCAAGUUUCUGAUUAAUUUUGAAACCGGGGUAUUAGAUGAUUUGAAAACCAGAGUGAAUAUCAAUGAUAGUGAUUUUCUGGUGUUUAAUGCAAUCAAAUACUAUUUUAUCCUUAAGGAUUCACAAGAAACGAAAAAUAACACCAACAAUCAACUGACUCCAUCACAGGCAGAAAUAGAAGCAAAAGAGGAACAUAAACUACAACGCUUGGAAAACACAUUCAAGAUAAUACACGCAAUUGUCUCAGAGAUCAAUCUUCAUAUUGAAAAUGUGAAAAUUUCAGAAAUACCGUUUGUUACUAUGGAAAAUAACCCUGAUUUUAAAGAGUAUUUUAAUGAUGUUAGACCUGCAACGUGCUUGGAAAUGAUGACAAAAUCGACAUCUUUCAAUUUUUCCAGAAUGUACUCUGAUGCUGCUGGAUUUGAGGUAUUGUUCAAUUCCAAAAGAGACAGACCAUACCAUUUAACUUGUUCUGUUCAACUUUUGAAAGUCUUUUUUGCAUCGAGAGUUGAAUUGCCUACUGGUCAAGUUGACAACAACACCGACGAAAUAUUAAAUGUUCCUAAUUUUGCAUUGACGUACAAGACAAACAUACUAGACCAAGUAGUAAGGGCAAGAGGUUUCAAGAAUUGUGUGGUGGAAAUAUAUUUUUCUGCCAGUACUCCAAUACUUGAUUUAGAUACUCGUCAAUUAAGUUCUUUGCUUUAUAAUUUGGUGUUAUUGAAAAAAUGGAAGACCAUCAAAAAGCUCGAGAAAUUGCUCGAGAAAACACCUACGUCAUCUUCUGAUUUACAAGAUGAUGAUUUUGAUGGUAGUGAGACAUCAAAUUUAAAGAUUCAUCCUGGCACCCCACAUCAUAAGGAAAAGAUUAAUGCGAGAAUAUGGAGAUACUUAACAGAUUAUUACCCACAUUUGGAUAUCAAGACAGUGGUUGAGCAACCACGAUUAGUCCUUCGACAUUGUGAACCUAAGAAAAAUACCCAGAUCUUAACAUUUUCGUAUUCUUUAUUAAACUUCACAUUAUCAACAACAGAGACAAGAGACUAUACCUCAAGUUGUCAAUUAUUACUCCCUUUGGUUACCUACUACGAAAAGCCAUUUUCAGAUGUUUCUGAUCUUCAUGGCAAGGAGCUAGUUACUAAGCGGGUAGCACAUACAAGUUACAUUGAUAUCAAAUUAGAAAUUUUCAAGAAUUUAACAGUAAAACUUUUAGUUGAUGUUGAUAAAGUGACAAUUGACUUGACGAACCUUGAUAUUUUCACUGGAAUUCAUAAUUUAUUACUUGAUGUCACUCAAAUCGCAGAAACCGAUCUUGAACUAGGUGUUAUUAACAAAAUGUUGAAUUUACAAUUCCUUCAAUUGCGUCACGAAUUACAACUUCGUCAGGUAUCAUAUUUCAAGAAAAAUGUAAAGCCCACAUUAGAGCAGAAGUUGUUUAGAUAUUUACCCAAGUGGUUAACUAGAAUUGAUUUGAAAGUGACAUUUCUUAAUAUUUCCUUGGGAUCCAGGUCAGUUUUGAUACCUAAAAAAGAUUUGUCAAGAGCUGAAUCCCCUGAUUUUGAUUUUGAUUUUGAUGAUGACCAUGAAUUGAAGCAAAUUGACUUGAAAUUUGACUCCUUAAGCAUUGGUGUUGCUAAGAAUUCAAAAACAAGUGGAGAGUCAACGCCAUCGACAGUUGCGUCUUCAGCUUCACUGGAGACUUUAACUAUUCUGAACCACGACACCGUUUAUUGGGCGGUCAAUGCCACUCUUGAAAAGUUGAAGUUGUCAGCACUUACAGAUUUGGAUGGGAAAUUUAGUCGUCUAUUGGAGAUCCCAACAAUCAAGACCAAUGUCAGCGCCAUUUGUGACUACUAUGGAAACAAUAAGCUCAUUACUGAUGUGAAAGUAGAAAAGAUCUUGGUUGAUUAUAAUAGGUAUAAACUAUACACUCUAAUUGGAUCCAUUUAUCUUAUAAGAGAGUUUGUUUUAGCUCCUAUCAAGGUUAUUAAAUCCAAAGUGAAUAAAGAUUUGACCAAAUUUGAUAGCAACUUGUCCCCUGAUCCCAACGCAGCACACAAGACCACCUCAAUAUUGGAUUUUUUGCAUUUAGAUUUUAAAUUAGAUUAUCUGGAUAUGAUUUUAUGUCUAAGCAAAGAUUUCAAAGUCAGGUUACAAUUGAAUGCAAUGCAAGCUGCUUACAGGGAUGGAACAGCUGACUUGUCUAUUACAUUCUUGAGAGGGCUCGCUGAAUCUCCAUUAGUGGCCAAUAAAUGGUGUCGUUUACUCUGUUUGGAUACACUUAAAUUUAAAUCAGAGAUAACAUCGUCAAUUAAAGAUUUGAGUAUUGAACUUGAUUCUGAUGCUGUUAGAUUUAUCCAACCCCACCAAUUUGUUGUUUAUAAAUUUUUUGACAAUAUAUCCAUUACCGUUAAACUUGUCAAACAUUUAGUUAAAUUGUUGAAAGACGAGAGUACGAAAGAAGACUUGAAUAUUGUUCAUCCAAACCUACAAAAGGCAAAACUAUUACCAUUUAUCCGCUUUAAAUCAAAAUCAUUGAAGUUUUGUGUGGAGGAUGAUCCAUUUGAAACAGAAUUGGGUAUGAUAUAUCAAUUAGGGAAAGUUGAACAAAGAAAAAGACUCGAACUUUAUAAUUUGUUUGAGACCAAAGCAAGUACUAGCCACAUUGAUACUGAAGAAUAUUUUGACAAUUUGAGUCGAUUGAAUCGCACUAUAUCCCAGUCCUGGAUCCGUAAAGUGAAUGUCUAUAAAAGCAAAUUAAGAAGUGAGAUUAUUGCAAACAAAGAUUAUUUGCUCGGAAAUGAAGUUAAAUUAGAUGAGUCCUUGAAUGAUGAUGUGGUAACAUACGCAUAUGCACUGCCACUAUUCUCAGUCUAUAUGGAUAAGUUCCAAAUAGACAUAUCCAAACCAAAAUUCAAUAUCGAUGAAGUCGCCAAUUUUAUAUACGAUUUUGGUCAAGGAGUACCCAAAACUACUGAAUACACUUUAUUGAUACCCAUGUAUAUGGCUCUACAAUUAGGGGAAUUGAGAAUGCACUUGAGAGAUUAUCCUUUACCUUUAUUGCAUUCUCCACGUAACAAAGAUAUGGAUGAGACAAGUUUCAAAUUAAAUGGCCAUUUGGUGAUAAGUGAAGCAUUUGCCAAAGCUAUAGAACAUAUGAGACAAAUCGAUGUUCCGCUAGUACCAGAACACAAACAUAAACAUAAACAGUUGAAUAAAUUUGAGUUUUUGGUUAUGGAAAAAACUUUGGCGAGUGUAAAGUUGUACACCGAUUUGGAGUGUGUUUUUAAUUCAAACUAUCCAACAAGAAUUGUUUGGGGUGCUUCUUACAAUUUUGGAAUUCAACAAAUGAUGGCAAACUUUGAUCGGUUUUCAAAACCACCAGUGGAUCCAUCUACAAAAUUAGGAUUUUGGGAUAAGUUAAAGUAUAUCUUACAUGGUAAAUGCCAAAUCAGAACUAGGAAAAGUUUAGAAGUUGCAUUUAAAGGAUCAAGAGAUCCGUAUGAUUUGUUCACGACUGCAGGCGGGUUUGUAUUGUCAUUUAGAAAGAAUGUUGUCUGGGACAUCAAUAAAGACGAUAAUUCGAAAAAUUACUUUGAUAUCACGGCAGAUAAAGUUUCCUGGUAUAUUCCAAACUAUUUAGCAGGACCAUUAUUGGCUUGGACAAGAAGUAGUAAAAAUUCAAUUUAUUUACCAAAUUCACCAAAUGUGGUUAAUUCUUGCUUUGCAUAUUACCUUCAAGAUUUUACUGGACAAGCUGAUUUUGAUCAUGCUGCCCGAGUAUUUGAAAGAAAUGUGGUCAAUCUUAGUGGAGGAAUUCAUUUUCAAGUUGGGUUUCUACUUGAACGUAAAGAUACAAAUGGUAAGAGAACCGAUGAAUUCAAACCUCAUUACGAAGUGCAGUUGUUUGAUCCCAAGUAUUGUGAGAAAGGACAUGACUCUUAUGCUGGGUUCCGAAGUCAAUUUAUACAUAUGGCUAUCUCAUUGGAAUCAACAAACAGUUCAAGUUAUAAUACAAUCCAUCUUAGUCCUGGUACUUUCCAACAGUUUUUCGAUUGGUGGAAGUUAUUUGCUAGUAAUAUGCAGUUACCUAUUAGACGUGGCAAAAUGUUUGGAGAAGCAAAAGAAUCUGUCAAGUUUUCGCAACAUUUAUUCACAAACAAGUUUUCUUUCAUGUUGAAAUCUUUGUUUAUUGCUCAUGUUUAUCGAGACGAAAUUGUUGAUAUCAAUAACGAUAGAAUAGAAAGUAUUGGUUUAAGAGCCAAAGUAGAUGAUUUUAUGGUUGAUUUACAUCAAAGAAAAGAGCCAGCAACCCUUUACCAUGAAGAAUUAUCUAAGAAUGAGAAGGUGAUGAAAAUGAAUUUUGAUUUAGGAGAAGUCGUUUUAUCAGGAAUAGACUUACGUGUCAUGCAUGUUUCAUUUCUCCAAAAUUUAUACACUCAAUCACAUUCCAAUUCAGGUGACGCUAAAUCAACUUAUAAUAUUUACGACAAUGAUCAUCGAUGGUUUGAUAUUAUGGAUUUCCAAGAGGCAUUUUUGACAUCAAUUAAGGAUUGCGUCAGGACAGUUGAUAUUUAUCCAUUGAUGUAUUUACAAAGAUUCUUUUAUGAAAGAGAUACACAUGGUGGCAAGUCUGAGGAUGAGACUGCAUUUGGAAAAGAAGUUAUUCAUAAAUGUAAUUUGGGUGCCAUGAAUCCCUUGGAAACAAGAUUGAAUGUAUUGGUUCAAAGACUUAACGCUCUACAAGAACAAGUCAAAAAAUUGUCCAAAACAUCUGCUCCAGAACCUGUAGCAGAUUUGAAAAAACGAAUUCUGUUUUUGCAAAAAGAGAUUAGCACAACCAAAGCUAGCGUUAAGUCGAAAAUGCGUCGUACAUCCACUAUAAAUGGUAUGAAUAAUUCUGAAAAUUACCACAAUAAGUUUACUUUCUAUAACAUGCUUCUUAAAUGGAAUUUCAAUUGUCGGAAUUUGACAUUGAAAUACAUACAUUUUGUGAAAUUGAAAUCACAGCUUCGAAAUUACUUGUCACACAAGUCCAUUGAAACACUUGAAAAAAUGAUGGAUAGUGUAAAUGCAUACAACGAUGAGGACGAUUUGUCAUCGACGUCAGAAAUAAUCCGUCGUUUCACACUGGAAGGGGUUAAAUCACAGACAUCUACCAGCAAAGAUAUCACUUCACAACAGAAACUUGACAAUUUCAACACAAUAUUACGAGAGACCAGACCAGACGAAAAAGUGGUUGAGGAUUAUUUGAUUGACGUGAUCGCACCUCAAAUUCAAUUACAAAGUGAGGAUUAUCCUGAUUCUGUUGUGCUCAUCUCUACACCAUCUAUUAAAGGUAAAAUUUUGUCCAUUAUGGAUUCCAGGAAUAAUGCAAACCAAAUCUUGUUAGAAACUAGGUAUGGUAUUUUACUAAAAGAUGCCAAUGUUUUUGUAUUAAACAAAGAGGAUAUUGUAGGGUGUCCAGAUAUGUUAAGUAUUAGUAAUCCAUAUGGAGCUAAAUCUAAUUGGCCACCAUGGCUAGGAACAGAAAUAACCCAAAAUGGUAAAUGGGCUGGAGCCAACAACUUAUUGAUUGAAAAGCUUUCUGUUAUGACAAUGUGUUAUGAAAGUGAAAUUUUGUCAAGCAAGCUUUCUCCAAAUGCACAAGAUCUGGAUCAAGAAGAGCAAGCGAAUUACAAUGAUGAUAAUUCGAAACAGGCUCCUCUUCGACUUGGUAUUGAUAUGCCUUCUGUGGUGAUUACAUCUACAUCAAGUCAAUACUUUACCUUAUAUGUUAUCAUAGUGAGCUUGUUGUUUUAUAGCGAGCCUAUGAGUAAAGUGAUCCACAAGAAAAUCGAAAAGAUGAAGUUUUCUAUUGAUUUCGAAGAUUUGGGUGCUCUUACUAGCAGAUUAACGAAAAUGCAGCAACAUCAUAAAUUGUUGAAAGUAUUGUCUAACAACUAUAGUUUCCGACAAGGGAAAUUAAACAACGAGGAUCUCAACAAUUACUUACAAGUGAAUCUUGAACGUGGUGAAAUUGCUAGUGAUAUUUAUUUGUUGUUGCGUACAUUAUUGACGGGUGAUUUUGCUUCUGAUACUUCAAAUAACUUACUGAUGUCUUGGUUGAUUAGAGCCGAUGAAAUUAUAUUACAGAUAUUGGAAGAUGAUAGAACCCCAAUCAUGGAUCUUGCCUUGGCACAAGGGAUGUACACUCGGAAAGAACUUGAAAGUGGAUCCAAUAUCAACAAGCUUCAUAUUGGUACGAUGAGAGGAUUCAAUCUUAUUGAACUGGCACGAUAUCCUGAUUUUAUUAAACCAAUAACUGAGAGUUCGUCACAGAAUUUGAUUGAGCUCGCGUGGACAAUGAACAAGUCGGUUGGUGGUAUAAAAAUUAUUGAGAAUGUAUUUGUUAAUGCAGCGCCGUUGAAUAUCAAACUUGAUGAAAUAACUGGUGACAAAUUAAUGAAAUUCAUUACAUAUUCCAAUUCAGGAAACUUGGAAGAUAGCAAAAUAAUAGCUGUGAGCAACGAAAAGAAUAAAGAUAACAUUAAAGAUAAUCUGGAAGAUGAAGAUUAUGGGUUGAUCACAGAAAAUGAGGGAAUUAACAAAGGUCCCAAAUUUGAAGAAAUGUCUCAAAGCAGCAACAUGAAAAGAAGUUUAACUAUGUUGUCGAGCAAAAAAUCUUCUUCAAGUGCAAGCUCAAAUGAUGAAAUUGAAGACAAUGAGGAUGUUGAAAAAAUGAUUGAAAGGUCAAAAAAGUAUUUUUCAGUGGUAUCAUUGAAUGUCAAUGCAAUUACAUUAGAAGUUACCCUUAAAUUAAAUAAAGGAUUUAAACGAAUUCUUAAUGUUAACGAUUUUAGAAUAGACCUUCCUGAAUUCAAUAUUACAAAUGAAAUUGUGUCUUAUAUGGAUAUAAGUAAGAUGUUACAAAGUAUGAUUACGAAAAUGAUAUUAGGACAUGUGGGAAGGUUAUUGGGUAAUAAAAUGAAAGCUACAAAGGGUAAAUCAAAGAAAAUUAUGAAAAAGCGGAAAAGAAUUCGGUCAAUAUCAGAUGUUAGAAAAGAAAUCCACGUUUCUACAGAAAGAGGUGCAGAUUAA